AUGGCGGCCGAAGAUGGAGUGAACGAGCAGUCACAUACGUUUAUAGCCAAUGGGCAACAGCGAGCUAUUGAGAUUGCUGGCAGCCAAGCUAUCCAAGUCACACGACCAGAACAACCACUCACAAAUAUAAGCGAGCCCCUGAGUGAAGACAUCGUCAAACCUGGUCGGGGAACAAACAAAUCGGGCUCCAUACCGACGGAAACAGGCAGUGCAGCAAACUCGUGUCCCCCCAGCGAGACUAUCGCCAUCGUCCCAGAAUCAUACGAAGAACAGCACGUCCACCAGGUAUACGAACAGAUCGCCUCGCACUUCUCCUCUACACGCUACAAGCCCUGGCCCAUCGUCGAAUCAUUCCUCCAGUCUCUCCUGCCCGGCUCCAUCGGCCUCGAUAUCGGCUGCGGCAACGGCAAGUACCUGGCCGUCAACAAAGACAUCUUUAUCAUCGGCUCGGACCGCUCUUCAAACCUGGUCAAGAUCGCUACGCAGCACGAACCUCACUCGGUCGUCGUCGCAGACUCGCUGUUCUUACCGCAUCAAAAUGCCAGAUUCGAUUUCGCAAUCUGUAUAGCAGUCGUGCAUCACCUGUCCACGCCCGAGAGGCGGAGAGAAGCCGUGAAGUGUAUCCUGGAUACCCUGAAGGAGGGCGGUAAGGCGUUGGUGUACGUCUGGGCGCUGGAGCAGGGGGGUAGUCGGCGGGGGUGGGAUGUGGGACAUGAGCAGGAUGUCAUGGUUCCGUGGGUGUUGAAGAGUGGGAAAAAGAAGGCCGAGGGGGCUGAGCCCGAGCAGACGUUUCAGCGGUACUACCAUCUGUACCGGAAGGGGGAGCUGGAGGACGAUAUUGCGAGUGUGGGGGGAGAGGUGUUGGAAGCUGGGUAUGAGAAGGAUAACUGGUGGGCUAUCUGUCAGAAGGGCGUUUAG